UUGUGUAGCUGAAGCUGUAGAAAUGGCUUAUUUCCCUCCUCUUCGUUAAAAAAAAAAUCAGACGCUUUCGCCCCAUUUCUCCCGCCGGAAAGGGAUCGGAGAGUGGGUGGGAGAGGGAUCUGCUAACUAGGGCAGGGACGGAAAGCCUCAGGCGAAGAGCUGACGAGGGCCGGGUCUGGGAGGGAUGCUGGGAGCUUUGACUCACUCGCACACCAUGUGUCCCUCCGCGCGCAGCACGGGGGACUUUUCGGUGGGGAUUUUGGGCGCCGACCAGACGCGGCAUUUUCGGAAAAUAGCGCCCUGUGCAGCUGAAGCGCUUUGUGUUUAGCGGGGCCGCGUCAGCCCGGCAGGGUACGAGGCGCCUCGGGUCCCCGAACCACCUCCUGCUGCUCCCCCGUCGCCGCUCCCGAAGCUUUUCCAGAUGUCCCUGGUAGAUUUGGGAAAGAAGCUUUUAGAAGCGGCACGAGCAGGUCAAGAUGAUGAAGUUCGUAUUUUGAUGGCUAAUGGAGCUCCUUUUACUACAGACUGGCUGGGAACUUCUCCACUUCAUCUGGCAGCACAGUAUGGACAUUAUUCCACCACAGAAGUACUACUCCGAGCUGGUGUAAGCAGAGAUGCCAGAACCAAAGUGGACCGGACGCCAUUGCAUAUGGCUGCCUCUGAGGGCCACGCCAGCAUAGUGGAAGUUUUGCUUAAGCAUGGUGCUGAUGUUAAUGCAAAGGACAUGUUGAAGAUGACAGCUUUACAUUGGGCCACGGAACACAAUCAUCAAGAGGUGGUGGAACUUUUAAUCAAAUAUGGUGCUGAUGUACACACGCAAAGUAAAUUUUGUAAAACAGCAUUUGAUAUUUCAAUAGACAAUGGAAAUGAAGAUUUAGCAGAGAUACUACAGAUUGCUAUGCAGAACCAAAUCAACACAAACCCAGAGAGUCCCGACACUGUGACGAUACAUGCUGCAACACCGCAGUUUAUCAUUGGACCUGGAGGGGUGGUGAACCUAACAGGUCUGGUAUCUUCAGAAAAUUCAUCCAAGGCAACAGAUGAAACGGGUGUAUCUGCUGUUCAGUUUGGAAACUCCUCUACAUCAGUAUUAGCUACAUUAGCUGCCUUAGCUGAAGCAUCUGCUCCAUUGUCCAAUUCUUCUGAAACUCCAGUAGUGGCUACGGAGGAAGUAGUUACUGCAGAAUCUGUGGAUGGUGCAAUUCAGCAAGUAGUUAGUUCAGGGGGUCAGCAAGUCAUCACAAUAGUUACAGAUGGAAUUCAGCUUGGAAAUUUGCACUCCAUUCCAACAAGUGGAAUAGGUCAGCCCAUCAUUGUGACCAUGCCAGAUGGACAACAAGUAUUAACAGUACCAGCAACGGACAUUGCUGAAGAAACUGUUAUAAGUGAAGAACCACCAGCCAAAAGACAAUGUAUCGAAAUAAUUGAAAACCGGGUGGAGUCUGCAGAAAUAGAAGAGAGAGAAGCUCUUCAAAAACAGCUGGAUGAAGCUAAUCGAGAAGCACAGAAAUACCGACAGCAACUUCUAAAGAAAGAACAGGAAGCAGAGGCCUACAGACAGAAAUUAGAAGCUAUGACGCGCCUUCAGACUAAUAAAGAAGCUGUUUAAUUGAAAUGAACAUAUAGUUUGAGUUUACUUUUGCUCAAGAAAGAAUACAAUCUUGAACUGUACACAAUAAGGUGCAGUCAUGGGAAGACAGGAUAAUUGAAGAGACUGCAGAUGGAUAAUUGGACUUAAGCCAUGAGCUCUGAGUUCUUGUAACAUAAAACUUUAGAAGUUGUGAAAUGUAUUUAAAACUGAAUUCUGUAAAUAGUUGGGGUUUUUUUUUACAGUUCCAAAUGAGUUGAUAAAGAUUGUUGAAGAGAUCCAAAAACACAAUAAGCCACCGUUUUUGUGAAUUCUUUUUGAUAUUAGUAUGAACCUUAAUUUCUCAGAAAUGGAACAGUUUUAAGGGUGAUCGUUGUUGAUUAGACCAAAUGUGUAAUAAUUAUGUGGUGGACUGAUGCUGGAAUUACUCCUGUCGGUAUAAACUUCUAUAUGAAGAGAAGAUUUCUACCAGGAAAUCUUUGUACAGCUUUAAGUUGUCUCAGAUUCUCUGAAAACAUUUUUUAGAAAGCAGAUUUUUAUAUUUGUUCAAUUUCAGCUAUACCCAAGUAGAUUUACAUGUAUAUGAAGCAAAUAUUUUUUAAAACUUUCUGUUUGUACAUAUUCUGCAUGUUUUAUAAUUUUGGAAUGCAUCACUUGCAUAGGUAUUAUUUUUCCCACAAAGAUGAUGAAAGUUACUAGGAAAGAAACCCUUUUAUUCUGUAGGUCCUUGGAACUAAGUAAGCUAGCAGCUGGUUUUAUUGGAAUGACAAUGUUCUUGGAAGGAGCAGCUUACAAGAUACCUUGAAUUUGCAAACUGCAAAAUUUAUGCUUUUUUGAAAAUUUCGUAGUGGGGACGUGAAACUAUUCUGUGCCUUCCAUCAUGAUUUCCACAUGAAAGCACUUUAAGGCACUGGAUUUUAAGAUAAUGUUUUUGGAAAACUCAAAACAUAUGGGUUUCUGAAAUACUUCAUGGACUCAUUCCCCCCGCCCCCCGCCCCCCAGGAAAUUAUUCUUACAGGAAAAAAAAAAAAUUGCUUUUGUAUGUAGAACAAGAACUUUUUGUACUACAGUGAUGCUAUAGAUAUGUCUAACAUAACUUUUACUUCUCCCUGUGAAAGCUGUAAGUCUGUGCUGUGACUGGCUCUCAUCACAGUAUUGUUGAAUUCUACAAAUGUAUGGACAUUAAACUCUGACAUACUGUUGCUUUUUUUUGUAAAACAUAAGUUCAAGCUCUUUUCUUGGUUUAUUUUUUAAUGUUUUAUUGCUUUAUGAAAAUGUUUAACCCUAAGACCCUUCUAGAUUACCUAUACUGUAUAAAGAAGCAGUUACCCUUAAAACUGUACUCUGGCCUACUUUUCUAUUUUACAAUUAAAUAUCUUUUCCACAUA